AUGGCGGGCCAGCACCAACCCCAAGCAUCCACCUCUUCUUCCGGUGACCCCCAGCACCAAGCAAACCGAGACUCACUAUACUCUCAACUACGCUGGUCGUCCACCCAUUCACCCAUCAAUCGACGUCGGCGACUGGAGCUACUCCGUUCCUACCUUCCAGACUGGAUCAUCACAGUCCUCCUCGCUGGUUUACUGGCUAUCAUCAACAACGUCCACGGUUUCCGUCGCGAAUUCUCUCUCACAGAUACCUCAAUUCAGCAUACGUAUGCCACAUCGGCACGCAUCCCCACAUGGCUCCUUGUGGUUCUAGCUGUCAUCAUCCCCGCGUUAAUUGUUGCUGGGUUCAGCCUUGGCAUCAGUCGCAGCGUUUGGGACCUGCAUAAUGGCCUUUUGGGUUUCGUUCUAGCCAAUGCUCUCACUGUGACCAUUACAACCAUCAUCAAAGUUACCGUUGGUCGUCCCCGUCCAGAUCUGAUUGAUCGAUGUCAGCCGAUUCCGGAAAGCGUAAACCGCACACCAUACGGCCUGGUAACCGACGCAAUCUGUACCGUCGCUGCAGACAAUCACACUCUUCGCGAUGGAUUUAGAUCAUUCCCCUCUGGUCACGCCUCAACCUCUUUCGCCGGAUUGACAUACCUCUCUUUAUACCUAGCCGGCAAACUCCACUUGUUUGAUAAAAGGGGUCAUGCGGUGACUGCCUGGCUAUGCGGAACGCCACUAAUGGCAGCAACCCUCGUCGCAGUCAGCAGGACAAUGGAUUAUCGACACCACGCAACAGAUGUCAUUGCAGGAGGAUUGUUAGGUUUGACGGUCGCUUAUUGGAGUUAUAAGUUGUACUACCCGCCUUUGGGGCAUGCGCAGAGUCAUAAACCCUACUCUCCUAGGAUUCCAUCAGAACAGCUUACGGGGGCUGGCGAAGAGAGGUAUCAGGAUGAAGAGGACGAAGUUGAAGGUGGUGGAACGAGAGGAUUUAGGAGGUUCAACAUUUCCAACACGAACGCGCACGGGGAUGUCGUGGCAACCGAGGAAGAGAGAGCAGGGUUCGGGAAAACAGUUUCGGGUGGGACAGGGACAGGACAUGGAUUGGAUGCUAGUUUGGAUUAUCCUGAACGAGAGACGGUUCCUCGUAUCUAA